GUCUAUGUAAUGAAGUGUUAAUUACGUCCUAAUUACCAUGAAAAAGGGAUCGCUUUCAAUAAAUGGGGUCUCAUCGCGCUUGAGUUGUUUUUGUUCAAUAAUCUGAUUAAUCCUGCAGGUGAUAUACUUUACAACACAAAGCCUGUUGCCAAGCAACCGUCUUACAUUCUUCAUUGACAGAAAACGAAUCGUUUGUUGCAUUUUUACAAACAAUCGAACCAAAGUAAAUCGAAGCCUGAUCGCAGCUCGUUCCUUUUCUUACUCGAAAUUCACGUAAAAUGGGCGAUUACCCCGGUAGCGGAUACAAAAUGUCUUCAUACGGUCUUAAACUUUACAAUCCUCAAGAAACUGUGGGCCAGUGGACACAAUGUUGUAAGCGCGAAGAUGCGAUAAGGAAGAACCAUGUUGUCACUACAGGCGGAGAAGGUGUAGCAGACUCGUGGAAAGUCGAGAGACCAAAAUCUUUAGAUCUUGCACAAGAUACCAGCUAUUUCCUUGCCAAGACAGCGCAUCAAAGACCUUCUACAUACGAUCGAAUAAAUCAUGUUGUUGAGGGAUACGAUCAAAAACUCCACCGUGACGACAGAGAACACGCAAAGUCACGAGGACUUACUGUCAAUAGAGAGGAGAUCAGGGUGCCAGUACCUGCGCGGUCCUCGUCUGUGUACGGCCAUCCGCGACUGAAACCUCUAGAGUUCACAGACCGGAAACACGUCAGAGUAGAAAUUUGUAAAAAAGACUUCCUUAGGUUAGGAGGAACCAACAUUGGAGAUGCUGACUAAUAUUUGACUCUUACAUCAAAGAAUUCUUCCACUCACUCAACAGCCCAAGAAGUUGUAAUCUAUGACGUAUCUUAAUUCUUAUGUUUGAAUAUUGCGGCGCGACUGAUGCGAGCGCGGGAUCCUAGUGAAAUUCAUUAAAAAUGAGAAAUGGCUUAAUAUUACAAAUAUCGUUGCCGAAACCCUGAAUAGUGAUUCGUAGAAGUUCACAUGUGAUGACGUGCACGUGAGAUAUAUUGGAGUAUAGUUUCAAUAUAUUAUAUGGAAUUUCUUUUUCUUAAAAGUAGCCUGGAGGAACCUUGAAAAGUUCACACCUGCCGCUUACUUUUUUAGUUUGUUUGUUUGUGCGCUGGUUUAAUUUAUUGUAGUCAUCCCCAAGCGGUAACCUUUUUCACAAGGAAACUGGGUUUUAUAAUACAGCUGUUCUGUUCAAAGUUGCUGGCGCAAAUGUGGCACAAAUGUCAGUCUUCUAUCGAUAAUAAUAGCUCAGGACAUCAGGUGUUUGUUUCAAUGUUUACUGAAGUAACUCUGGUCUUUUUCUGUUUGAUAUAUUCGAACUUUUAGUAAUUUUUAGUCAGAAGUAGCUUAAAUCGUUCUGCUUUUAGGCGUCUAUCAUUUCAUCCCUUUUGUGGGAUGAAAAAUUAAAUUAAAUUAAAAAAAGGGAUUCGUCUACACACAGUUUGGCUUAAAUUUUGCCUGAAGUAACGUCAGCUUGACGGAACCGAAUGAAAAUAUCAGUCAAUGACUACAAAAGCUUCAAACGAACAUUCAAGCCGUACUUUUCUUUUUCCAGUGAUACACAGAAAAUAAAAAACUAAUGAACAAUUCUUCCCGAGUAAUACAGUGUACACCUUUCUGUAGUCACAGGACCAAAUAAACUGAGAAGUACUUUCCAUUCCUCACAGAAUGAGUUAUUGUAGGUUUUCGUAGGAGGUCGUUUGCACAACACUUAAUUUAAUUGUACGUA